GCCGGCCGAGCGUUUCACCAUCCGGCAGCGGAGACGAGCAGCGGCCUCCCUUCGCCCACCGUUGAGAAACAACGCCAGCGAGGGGACUCACAGCCUGGCCUCAACAGCCACCACCGCCGCCAUCUUGGCCGCCACUCCGCGGGGGGUGCGGGAGGCGGACCCCAGCGGACGGAUACAUACCGUUACCUAGAAACCUCCGCCCAGCGAUGCCCUUCCGCGCUGCGUAAGCGCUGCCCGCCGAGGGCCAUGUGACGGCAGGACGGCGAGGACAGCCCUUCCCGCGUUUGCAGGCUCCCCCUGACCGAGAAUCGAGCGCCGCGCCGCGGCGGCUGGCGGGGCGCGACCGAAACUCCAAAUCCCAGUGUGCACCGCGCGAGAAGCGGAUCCGCGCCUUUCCGGCCGCGGCAGCAGUGCCUCCUGGGAACGGUAGUUUUCCAGCCCAGACACCGCCCAGCCCUGACGGCCUUAGCGCGUGGCCGCCGCUGGCCUGCAGCGGGGUGCGAAGCUCCGCGCGCCUUUUCCUCGUGAAGCGAAAUAGCAGAACGACGGUGAGCUCCAUAAAUGACUUCACCUCACUGGAAAACUGGUAAAAUGGCUUCAAAACCCUGAGCGUGGGCGAGGGUAUGAUCCUGUUGUCAUUUGGAGCAGUAUCAACUCGCAGAGCCUGUUCCUGUCAGCGGUUGGUCUCCUAGAAAAAAGUGCUCCAAAGCCAUAACACAGUACCAGCUCCUCAGAGCCAUUUGCCAGUGAAAAAAAAAGUCCAGUGACGUCUUCAGUUUAUUCCUUGGCUAACAAAAGCAAUGCAAGAAGAAACAGAAUGCUUUUUCCUGAAAUUUGAGGGAUUGAAAUUGACAGAUUUGACUUAAACAGGCAUAUCUGUUCCAUUCCUCAGAAAAGGUUGACUACUCAGUGAAGCUUACAUCACUGCAACUGUUUGAACAGAUAAACUAUUGGAGACUAUACCUACUGAGAUAUUGGCUCAAAGCUUCCAAAGAAUGAAGAUUUUGAUAAUGUUUGAUUUUGUCCUUGCAGCUAGCUUGAUGGAUGCCAUUGACUGCUCUGAUCUACAGAACUGUUUUCAGGAGCAGAUACAACUUCAGGGGCAGGUGAGGCUUCUGGAACAUCGUGUGAAACAGCAGCAGUUAAAAAUUAUACAGCUUUUAGAGAAGAAAGAGAUUCAGUUCAGUGACAGAGGAGAUGAAAACAGUGUCAUUGACUUGGGAGGAAAAAGACAGUAUUCAGAUUGUGCAGAAAUCUACAAUGAUGGCCAUAAGCAAAGUGGAUUUUAUAAGAUGAAACCUAUCCAGAGUCCUAUUGAAUUCCUUGCCUUCUGUGACAUGUCUGAAGGGGGUGGUUGGACUGUUUUUCAGAGACGUUCUGAUGGCAGCCAGAAUUUUGAUAGAGUCUGGACUGACUAUGAAGAAGGCUUUGGAAAUUUUGUUUUGACAAAUGGUGAAUAUUGGCUUGGAAAUAAAAAUCUUCAUUAUUUGACUAAUCAAGGGAACUAUACUUUAAGAAUUGAUCUGACUGAUUUUGAAGGAGAACGGCGUUUUGCACAAUAUGCAAGAUUCACAGUUGCAAGUGAAGAGCAUUCUUAUGAGAUGAGUUGUGGGGAAUACUCUGGUACGGCUGGGGAUUCCCUUACUGGUGGAUUUCAUCCUGAAGUAAAAUGGUGGGCUGAUCAUCGAGGAAUGAAAUUCAGUACUAGAGACAGGGAUAAUGACAACUAUGAAGGAAACUGUGCUGAAGAGGAAAAGGCCGGCUGGUGGUUUAACAGGUGUCACUCUGCCAACUUGAAUGGUUUGUACUACAGAGGCCCCUACGCCGCCAAGACGGACAACGGCAUUGUGUGGUACACUUGGCAUGGGUGGUGGUAUUCUCUGAAAUCCGUUGUCAUGAAGGUCAGACCAGCAGACUUUGAACCUAAUACCGUUUAAAUAUUUUAGUAAAACGAUUUAUAUACUUGUUCUUUUAGCAAAUCAAUCCAAAUUAAACCAAAUGGUCAAAAAAGGUACUUAAAUACAAGUGUACAGUGGUGUUGGUCAAUGGAUGGAACAUCCAUUCUUUGGAAUGGUUCAAGUCUUUAGAAGUGAGUUGCCUUUAAACUCUUCUGCUUUAUUUUUUGCUUGUGUUGUGUAUAUAGCCUACAUUAAAAGUAUAAGGAAUGGGCCAGGCAGCUGAAGGAAAAGAAGGGAUGAAGGCUAGAAUCAAUUGAAUCCAGAAUACAGAAGCGGAUUGUCUCUUGUUGCUGAAGCAUUUCUAUGGCCAGUCACAUUAUUUCUAUCCAACAUUUUUAGAUGGUCAGUAAUUAUGCUGUUCUUGGUAACCAUUACGCCUUUCCUGUUUUGGUAAUGUUUGGUAACAAAGCCGGGACUUCACUGUAUUGAUAUUUGGAGUAUACUAAAAAGCUAAAUAACAAAACGUGCAAGUAAUUUCCAUGUGAGCUCUGCUUUGAACAUAAAUUAUUAUAAUGCACGUGUAGAGGAAACCAUAUUUCAUGUACAGCUAAAAUCUGGGAUUUUAAAAGUUCUUAGUGCUUGACUCUGUAAGUCUUUCUUUAUGUACCUGUUAGUCUCCACCGCUCUCCAAAUUCAAAUGCCCUGUUCAGUCACUUCAAAGUGGUUCUGCUUCUGAGCCUGUUCAUCUUUUCCUAUGUCCCUGACUUGUCUCCCUGUGGUUUCCUUCUUCUCAAGAUGCAGAUCCACAUUUUUCUUGUACAAGAAGAAUUGUGAGAGAGACUCUGCCCACCCCUGGCUUUUGUGCCUAGCACAAUAGAUUCUAAUAGCCAGCAGUAACAAGAAUUGCUGAUCGGUCCUUGCCACCAUGGAGAAGAUAGGAAUGUUCUCUAGAAAGCUGUCUGAUGAAUCAGAACUCAUUUCUGCUGAGACAAUGCAAAUGAAGAUUAUAAAAAGCACAUAGAUCUAAGCCAAACCUGAGUACUUUUAUUUUCCUGCUUCCCUAAAAUAAUUUUGCUUAUGUGGUUUGACCACCAAUCUCUCUCCUUCUGUCCAAAUAGUUUUUGAACCUAAUAACCAAUUUCAGUCAAGCUUAACAUAAUUAAAACUAACUUUUGGUAAUCUAACAGUCAAUUGUAACUACAUUGAUAUGAAUACAGGUCAGAUGAACGAUAACACCUUGCAUGGCCAUUUUCCCUUCCAUUCCCAUUGUCCAAAACCAAAAGUGUGGCAAGAAUCCUUGAAAGAAUUGCAUGGAAUAAGCGAGAGAGAAUGAGUAGACCAAUGGGAGGAAAAGAAGGAGAGGUUCGUAUGAAAUAAUCUCGCUCAGUAAAAUAAAUCAGAUUACAGGAAAACAAGAAAAAGAAUUAAGUAGAUUAAAAAACGGAGUUCAGGCAAUUAAAAAGAACAUUAUGUAAAAAUGGUGCUGGUAAAAAUGUGCAGUAUAGAGGUUUUGACCUCUGUCCUUUUUGUGGUAGUAGCUAUUCUAGAUUAUCCAAUCUUUUUCUUGAUGUGUCAACAGAUACUCUGCUAGAGACUUCUAGUCUGCAUGAGAGGAGCAGUGAGUAGCUCUACAGCUGCUUAUUUGGAACCUGGUUUAAUCAUUUAAACCAAAUUCAGUUCUGUAUCUGACAGGAAGGCAUACCAGCCGAUGGAUGUGCAUGUGUGUAAAUAUACAUAUUCAGCAUUCAACAUUCAAAAAUAUAAGGAAAAUUUUAAACCAGAACAUGUGAUAUGUAUUUUUACUGAAUUUUAUUACAGAAUUUAAAGUGAGUUCUUCUGUAAUUCUAGGAGCAGGUCUGUAAGUAUGGGUCUUAAUUACAUGGUGGAAGUUUUGGAGCAGUUUAAAAAUAGGUACACUACUUCCCAUCAUGAUUUUCUAAUUCUUCUGCUACUCUAAGAGGAGAAAGAUUUAAUUAUUUGCAAAACCAUGGAUGACAUCAGGUAGAAAUUGUAAGAACACUCUUAGUUUUUCAUAGGAAAACAGAAAGAUCACCUAAUGUAUUUGGAAAGUAUCAAGACAGAUCAUAUUCUACAUAAUUUAAGUAAAAGACACAGCAUUUAAGUACAGCAAAGCUGGAUCUCUGGCACACAAAAAGGACUCAAGGUGUACAGAUUUUUCUCAUAAAUCUAGAGUAUUUUUUUUGUUUGCUGCAGCAUAAAUCUAUCCUCUUAAUGAGAAUGCGAAUGAAAUCUUUCAGCAGAGUUAGGGUGCUUUUGUCAUAUUCAGAUGUAAAAUUUGACUCCUUUACUGGAAAUUAUCAAACAAAGGAGGAUCAAAUCUUUCUUUGUACAUCUUAAAAUGCAUUUGUAUGUUUUGUUGGAUUGAAUAUUCUUCAGAACAAGUGCUCUGAUAUCCUAGCUGUUUGAAAAACAUCUUUCUACAGUGUUUAAUUCCCACCAUCUUUCUAUGGCCUUUCUAUGUCUAAUAAAUUUUUUUGGCCACAUGAAAAACAUGUGGAAGUGUUAUAAUUCAAAAUGGUCAUAUAAUUGUUCUCAAAUAAACACACCUUUUAUUUUCAAAAGACCCUUUUAAAUAGUUACUGGAAAAGAACACAGCUUGGAAAAGAAUUCUUCGCUUGGCCUGGCCUGUUUGUAUAAAUUUAUUUCCUCAACAGGUACGAACAUGUUCUAAGGUGGUCUUUAUUUAUUCUUACAAUAUGCAGAACAAAGGCCAGUUUAUUUGUUCAGGCAUUAGGCAGAACAACAUAAUAACUCCCAAAUAGCUUAAAAUUAAUGCAUACCAUUUGAUACAACUCAUAUAAUCCAACAGAAGAAGAAUAAUCAAGGAAAUAACAAGGGAAAUGUUUUGUCAAUCAUGAUUGAAUAAAGAAUAUAAUGAUAGCUAUCAGCAACAUGUAAUCAAAAAUGCCUGGUUUUGUAAUAUUCGUUUAAGGAAACACCUUUUUAUUUUCAGUUGUCUUUUCCUGGUUUCUUUCAUUUGCUAAACAUUUUGGAGAUUAAAAGAAUGGAUACCACAAGCCUGGAUGAAUUAAACAAGCAGUUAAAGAGCCUUCUUAUAUGCUACAACAUUUGUUUUCUCUGUAAUUUCUAGUAUGCAUUGACAGAGUUGAGGUAAUGCAAUCUGGCCUACUACUUCCCGGUGGGAACUUUCUUCUUCAGCUCUGACUAUCUAGAGCCUAUCUAUCCCCACCAUUCCCAAAACUGUUACUCCAAACCCUUAUUCUCAAACCCCGUUUUUAAGUAUAACAUUUUUUUCUGUCAAAGUUACUUCUUAUCUGUGUUAUAUGGUAUAUUCAGAAAGAGGAACAGAACCAGAGCUGGCCAUGUCUGUGAACAUUUCUAUAAUUUUCCUUUAGUUUUCUCCUCGUUAGCUCAAAAACAAUAAAAGUACAGCUUUUUACACCCUCUUUUUUAUUUUCUUCAGUCGUAGGUUCUCUUUGGCAGUUGUGAAAGAGGUAGAAAGAGUAGAAAAAAAUGCUAGGGAAGUAUUCUGUAUCACAUUUCAAAAAUUUCCACUGUUUAAGUCUUGUCUUUUUCAAAUUGUCUAUAGCAAGAUUCAACUUAGAAAGCAAAAACCUGAGCUUUUCAAAACCAAGAAGUACUCUGAAAUGAAUAUGAGCAUAUGUUUGCUGUUUUCUCAGGGUAGGUCUAAGGACUGGGAAAUUGGCAAGGUUUCAAGCAUUCAGUCAAAAUCCAUAUGCAAAAUAUGCUGAGGGAGAAAAGUUAUCAUUUUCUAUUAGUUUAAGUGUUUGUUCAAAAGGAAUGUAAAACUUCAAGGUAAUAGUGUUUAAUUCAGUUUUUUGUUGACUACAUAGUGUUAAUUAAAAAAUAAUUGAUUCUAAGUAUCUAAUGGCCAUCUUAACCUUUGUUUAGUGCAGGCCAAAAUCCAGCUUGUCGUCACUACAGCUUCAGUUAACUAAGACAUUUCCUCUUAAUCCUACCCUAAUGCUAAAUAGAUUGCCUGAGAAAGAUGAUUUUGACAUCUAUAACAAACAGCCUUGGGGGCAAAUUUAUAUGUAUGUUUGCUUUCAGAAAAACCAAACUACAGCCUUUGCAAAAAAAAAAACCAACAAACAAACCCCAGUAGCUCACUUUUUCCUGCCUUUCCUCAGCAACUUGUAAGUUUCUUUUAGUUGUCUCCUAUGGAAUCUAAGCUUCUCUCCUUUCUUCUUCUUCUCUUCUUAAUGACAAUCAGGUCUUUGAUCCUGCCCAUUAGUCAUGGUUUGCAUACCUGUGAAUGCCUGGCUAAAGGAACCUAGGUAGCUCUGAGCUUCUGAACAAGCUGAGCAAAGGCUCUGAGGAGUGAAAUGGUGUACCUAAGGCACCUGAAAUGGCAGCUGGGUCUCUAAAUCUACUGUGAGAAUCAGUGUCCAACCUGGUUUAUAAACAGAUUGAAUUAUUGUAAUGAAUAUAUCACUUAACACUGUGAGCAGGAAGAUAAGCAGAUUACUCUUAAAAGUAUAUGAUUCUCACAAAUGAUUAGCUGAAUUUCAGUGCAUCCAGUUUUGUUUUCCUUGCAGAAGUGCCCAAGUAAUUUUCAAUCUGUAGUCUCUCAUGUAACUGCAAAAUUAUAUUGUCACAUGAGCCACUGGGCUGGCACUUUCUGCAACAUCAUUCACAUUAAGUUAGCUAAACACAAAGUGACAUAAGAUCAAAAAGGCUUUUAUGUUAUUGACAUACUGCACUAGAUGGUGCUCUCUACAUGUAUUUCCUUAGGCUAUACUAUAUUUGUAAAGUAGUACAAACAUUUCUCCUGAUUAAGUUAAUUAUUAAAUGACAGAAAACAAGUAAAAAAAAUGUUUAAAUGAAUUUAGUCCUUAACUCACUAUUGAAAUCAUACAUGAAUUCCUAAGGUUCCCUAAACACUGGAAAUUUACAGCAUCUAAUUAUUUUGAGGUAUGGCAUAUUUAGGCAGUUAAAUUGUGGUCUCUUUAAUUUAAAAAGCUUUGCAUUGCAACAGUAGUUUAUAUCUUCCGCUGACUGGCAAACAGAAGGAAAACUGUGCAAAUUCUGAACACUACCAAACUAACAUACCUGCACUACUGUAUUCCUGCUAUGAUUCCUGUACUGCUUUUCCCUGAUGGGAUCUCUUCCCAUUUUUCACAUCUCAGCUAGCCUGAAAUUCAAGGGAACUGGAGUGAGGCCCAUCUUUAUAUCGUAACACAAGUAUAAAGCAUUUGGAUGUCUCUCGUGAUCGGGAAACUGAGAUUUUGUGAAUACUUGUCACACCAACGGGAUGAAGUGGUUGUGCCAGAGUGAUUUCACUGCAGGGUGAGCAGGAAAUCCAUCUCCUGCCAAGAUGUCCUACACCCAUCUAGGAAGAGUCCCCUCCCCAAAAUCAGUGAGUUAUUCAUGUGGUACUCAGUAAAUGUAAAAUUUAUGUUGCAUGUAACAGCUAGAAAGUCUUGUAAGUCUCACUCUGUAGGCUCUUAUCUAUGUUUGAAUUAUUAAAACUUGCAAGAUGUACAAACAUUGUAUCAUGUGACAAAGGAG